UGUAAGCUGUACACUAUGGCUGUCGAUCAUAAAAAGUUCCAGUUUCCCAGCUUAACAACCGACGAAGCUGUAGCAAAUUGCAAGUCAAUGUUUGGAUCACAAGUUGCAUUAACUGCAGACGAUUUUGUACGACCGCAGUUUCAGCAGAUGAAACGUUUUUACAUUGGAGUACUUACAAAUUUUGGUGUUUGCCCUGAACAACUUACGCAGCCACAUUUCAAGUCCAUGGACUCUUUUGAAUACCCAGAGCUUCAUGAAGAAAGUGCCCCUUUAGUAAUUUUAGCACUAGCCAUGCAGCGAUUCAUGUUUGCUUGUGGAGUAGAAAACUUCACCAUAUUUGACAUUGUUGCACCAAAACCAAAGCGUACUCUUCAUUGCGUGAGUGCCAUUGUUAACUACUUAAAAUUUAAAGCAUCAAGGGAGCAUAUUUAUGAAAAUGCUGCGGCAGAAGUGGAUUCAGCUACUGAGCAGCGACAACAUUUGCUCACAAGAAAUGAAGACCUGAGGAAAAAGAUUUCAGAACUCAAAACAAAACGAGCUGAGGAAGAACAACAAGUACAACAGCUUGGGAGUGAAGUGGAAGAGCUCCAGAAUGAUGUCAGUGAACUGAAUAAACAACAGGCCACUGAGGUGAAGAAAUUUCAAAAACUGAAGACCAAUAAUGCAGAACUCUGUUCAAAAAAGGCUGAGGAAAAAGCACUAAUAGCAGCUUUGAAGCAAGACACUGAUAAUCUUGCAGCAAAGAUAGUCCAGUCACCUGAGAGAUUUAAAGGGGAGCUGGCUCGUCUUAUGAGUGCAUUGCAGUCUGUGAGGGAGGCUAGGGAUGAAAGAAGUGCUAGACUACAAGAGAUUUGCACACAGCAAGAUAGCAACUUGCAGUAUACAGAGGAUGGCCAGACAGCCAUCAGAAUGAUCAGUGGGAUUGGUGGCGACAUGGAUAAACUGCGUGAGUUGACCUCCAAGCUUGAGGAACUUCAAGAUAAAAACAUCAGCCAAAAAGAGUUGCUGAGAGAUAUGACAGCCAAGAUAGAGCAACUACGCCGACAGCUAGCCUCCAAACAGGAGAAGCUUUCUAGACUGAUGCGGCAGCAUGAUAAAAAGAUUACUGCGACACAUGAUGCUAAUGAUCAAAUUAAAAGGGAACAUGCAUACUUAGAAAAGAAAUUAACAGAAAAGAAAGACUACCUGGAAGGAAUCAGCAACCAGAUAAAUAAUCUGACACAAAUGGUAAAUGAACAGGAGGAUCUUCAUGAACAAGACAUGAACAAGCUACGCACAGCAUACCAACAGCUGUUAGCUCAGCUUGAAAGCUACCAUCAAGGACUUAACAGAGGUUGGGAUAAAGUGACGAAAGCCAACAGCAGAUAAGCUGUAUAGUAAUGAUCUGUUCAAAACAGCCCAUAAAUCUAUGAAGUUGGAGUUGUUUCUAAUUGUUUUAAAACUUCGUAUAGUUAGUUUUAAGUGGCGGGUAGUAAUGUCUGUACCCAGACCAGCUUAAUUCGAAGAACUGUGCCGAUGUUAAAGAAAGCUAACAAUGCAACCAUUUUGAAUUACAAUUGCGCAAGAAACAUAGCGCUGAAAAGUGCUACAAUGUGUGAUUUCGCGAUGAUCACUUUUCAAAUGAUCACUUGCACAUCUGUAGGAAUGUCUCUUCCGCAAAUUGUAGUUGAGAAGUACAGGGUUCUUUACUUAACUUCAGUCUUUAGGGAGAAAAUAUUGUAGGUACAUGUAUCUCUACCUGCAUUAUUAUGUAUUAUGUCAUAUUCCUACGGAUUUACAUCUAUGUAACUCAGGAUUUUAUGUAAGACGUGGAAAGCUCUAAAUAAAUAUAGUUCAGUAACU